AUGGUUCGGAAAGUGGAGCCGCCGAGAAGAGACAUUCCAAAGAUGGAAUCUUCUAUCUUGCAACGUUCAGAAGGCUGCGAGUAUUCCAUACCUCUUUAUCAUACUUUGGCUGGUAAGUUAGGAGCUGGAAUGGGCGAAAUUGAGGAAAGCGUUGAGCAAUAUGAGUGGGGGCGAAUUUUUGAACGGCAAUUUUCUCGUAUCGAGUCCACAGGUUCAUGGCUUUUGCUUGGAAGCUUGACGGACCCCGUUCGCAUGAUCGGGGGAAGGCUCGCUCAUAGUUCGGCAUGUUCAGUCUCUCCGGAAUCCGUCAGCCCUAGAAUUAGACACUUUCACUACGCGUUGUGUCAGGAUCAGCACGAGGCUGCCGCUGCUUCGAAGCUAGGCGGUUUCAAGAGUUUGAGCCGGCGACGUCAAUGGCAUCACUCCCUUCGCGAUGGUGGCUCGGCUCGAAAGAUUCAGUACCUCGUAGUUGGAGCAGUAACUGGGGGCGCCUCACUGCUUUGUUGGCAAGCAUACAAUGGAUCUUCAGGUGCGUUCCGUCCAAAGGCCGUAAACAGUGGCUUCAGUCUACCCAGAACAUCAAUCAAAGUGAACGCUGACGGGACUACUACAGUCUACAAGCUCGAUGCAAACGAACCCUAUUCAGAAAUCCGUGGGGCUUCGCGGUCCAGCAUUGUGGAGCAGGCUCCUAAGAACGGCUCAUCGACUUCUACAUUACGUAGGGAAAUUCAGUGUACGAAUUGCGAAAAGCUACUGAUAUGGCCCAGAUCGAUGCAGAAUUGCCUCCAGGACCACCCAGACGAGUACGACAGCGAGCUUAGUAAGGGUAGGGAUGAUGACCUAAGCGUCGUGAAGGAAGAACCGGGACAAGCCGAAAAGAAAUUCAACUGUUAAGGGAGGCUACCUAAAUCAUGCCCGUAUGUCAUGCCCGUAUGUCAUGCCCGUAUUGGAGAUAUGCCGACGGCGGGAUUGGAAGAGGAGUGAAGUCGCCACCUGAGGCUCCAGUCAAUACCUUAUAUGAGUUGGUUGUCGUCGGCAUGUAGCACAGCUGAGAGAGGAGGAAACGGAAACCUGACUAGCGAGCCAUGUAACGUAAUUACUGCCUUAGAUGAGUUUUCAAAAGAAC